AUGGCGGAACAUGCCUCUCAGUGGAUAAUGCAGCAGCCCCCCACAGGCAGAAACAACUUGCCGCCCGAACCCACCACCGCAACCGCAACGGCCAACGACACUCCGACUCCCACUGCCGCGCAUGCUACCAUCUCCGCCAGCACUACCACCACAACGACCACCACCACCACCAACAACACCAUUACUUUCUCGACGCCUGAUCUUAAUAUCGUCCACGGUCACGAGGGCCCUUUUGUGCAGCCCUCAUCCUACCUUCGCCCGCGAGGUCUCUCACAUCCAAUGCGCCCAUCUGAGCCCGAGAGGGCAAUUGAUCGGGAAGAGCGUGAGGGUCUACGUGCCAUCCGUAACUUCCUCAAAGUCCGCACCAGCUACGACGUUCUUCCUCUCAGUUUCCGGCUCAUCAUAUUUGAUACGUCCCUCUCCGUCAAGGAGAGCAUCGUAUCAGCUCCGUUAUGGGAUUCAAAGACCUCGACCUUUGCCGGUCUUCUGACCACUUCCGACUACAUCAACGUCAUACAGUAUUAUUUUCAGAAUCCCGCGGCACUGGACCAGAUUGACCAAUUUCGACUGGACAGUCUUCGAGAGGUGGAAAAGGCUCUCGGUGUUGCUCCGCCAGAAACUAUUUCGAUCGACCCAGAACGGCCGCUUUACGAGGCCUGUCGACGCAUGCUCGAAUCUCGCGCUCGCAGAAUCCCUCUCGUUACAAAUGAUAGCCAAACGGACCGGCCUCAUGUUCUUAGCGUGGUGACUCAGUACCGGAUACUCAAGUUCGUGGCGGUCAAUGUUAGUGACACACAAAAGUUAAAGAAGCCGCUCAAGGAAAUUCUGUUGGGCACCUAUGAUAAUAUCGCCACGGCGUCAAUGGAUACACCAGUAAUUGAUGUCAUCCACAUACUCGUGGAGCGGAGUAUAUCUAGCGUGCCCAUCCUGAACUCGGAAGGUGUUGUCUACAAUGUCUUUGAAGCGGUAGAUGUUAUCACACUGAUCAAGGGAGGCGUAUAUGACGACCUCAGUCUCACGGUCGGCGAAGCCUUGAAGAAACGAAGUGCGGAAUUUCCCGGUAUUUACACAUGUUCUCUAAACGACGGUCUGGACACCAUUUUCGAUACUAUUCGCAAAUCUCGCGUGCACCGCCUGGUUGUGGUGGAUGGAGAUUUCCGACUCAAGGGUGUUCUCACUCUGAGUGAUAUCCUACAAUAUAUUCUCCUCGAGGGCGAAAAUGACGAAUCAUCAUGA